AUGGGUGCUUACAAGUAUGUCAGCGAGUUGUACAAGAAGAAGCAGUCCGACGUGUUACGAUUCCUGCUCCGUGUCAGGUGCUGGGAGUACCGUCAACUGAACGUCAUCCACCGCGCGUCCCGUCCAUCCCGUCCAGACAAGGCUCGCCGUCUAGGAUACAAGGCGAAGCAGGGUUAUGUUAUAUACCGCAUCCGUGUGAGGCGGGGUAACCGCAAGAAGCCUGUGCCGAAGGGUGCCACUUAUGGCAAACCUGUGCGUCAGGGUGUCAACCACCUUAAGUUCCAGCGUAGCUUGAGGAGUGUCGCGGAGGAGCGUGUCGGCAGGCGCUGUAGCAAUUUACGAGUCCUGAAUUCCUACUGGGUGAAUCAAGACGGUGUUUACAAGUACUACGAAGUCAUCCUUGUUGAUCCCAACCACAAGGCUAUUCGUCGGGAUCCCCGUAUCAACUGGAUCACAAAACCUGUCCACAAGCGUCGCGAGGCCCGCGGCCUCACCAGCGUUGGGAAACAGAACCGGGGAUUGGGCAAAGGUCAUCGUCACAACCACGCGCCUGCACGGUCCACCUGGAAAAAGCACAACACGCUCAGCUUGCGCCGCUACCGGUGA